AUGGUACCGAAACUCGAGUUUGAAACUCACAGUAAGAACGUAAAUAGCUUUUUUGAGAGUGUUGGCAGGUCUUUGCUUUCACACAAAGCUCCAAUUUUGGAGAGUUUGCAUCUCAAAGUUUUUCAUAAAUGUGAUGCUGUGGACAUUGGAAUAUGGACUGGAAUAGCAUUUGCACGCCAUGUGCGUGAACUAGAGCUCGAUGUUUCAUUUAGAGAGCUCGUCAGAUUUCCGAGUAGCUUGCUUAUCUCCAAUACACUCGAGACCUUGAAACUCAACUGUUCCGUUCUUGUAGAUGUUUCUUCAACAGUUUGCAUGAAGUCCCUUAGAACUCUUCACCUUAAAUCUGCUGUGAGGUACAAAGACGAUGAAUCUGUUCGUAACCUUUUAUCUGGCUGCCCUAACCUUGAAAACCUGCUCGUUCAUCGACCUUACAAUAACGUUGUAGUGAAUUUCAAUAUUGUGGUGCCAUCCUUGAAGACACUAUCGAUCAGAGAUUUCACUAGUGAACAAAAGAAUGGGGGCUAUGUGAUAAACACUCCUUCUUUGAAGUUUUUGAGUAUUGAAAGAUUAAAAGGUUAUAAGUUUUGUUUGACCGAGGAUGCGUCCGAGUUGGUUGAGGCAAAUAUUAGUAACGUUUCAGAUAUAGCCGAUGAGAAUAUUUUUGGAUCUCUCAAGUCAGCCAAACGUCUUUCAUUAGGCUUAUCACCUAUGGAGAUUGCAUAUCCCACUGGAGUUAUCUUCAGCCAGCUUGUUUACUUAGAGAUUGAUACACAUAGAGCGGAGUGGUGGAAUCUACUUACCUUCAUGCUCGAGAAUUCUCCUAAACUACAAGUCCUCAAGCUCAAUGAUAAAAGUCUGCGUUCAAAUGAAAAUAUUAUGGUUGGGGGGAAAUGGAAUCAACCGGAGUAUGUCCCUGAAUGUUUGUUGUCCCAUCUCCGAACAUUUUUGUGGACAAGAUACGAUUGUGAAAGAGAAGAAGAGAAAGAAGUGGCUACUUACAUUUUAAGGAACGCAAAACAGUUGAAGAAGGCAACUUUCUCCGCGAGGCCCAUUCAGUCCAAAGAGCUCAACAAGUUGGAACAGAGAUGUGAGAUGCUCAAGGAGUUGGAAGGUAUGGUUAGGGCUUCAAAUUCAUGCCACAUCAUUGUGUCCGAAUGA